AUGGAGGUGCUAAGCCCAUCUCACCCACCGGGCGGCCAAACAGAUAUCCUUUUUUCCGGGUUUUCUCCACCGCAUAAUUUCCUAAUUGGGGCUCAGCGGCGGAGGAGGAUGAGGAGCCCAGAAAUGAUUACCUAUCCUUCUCGUUCUGCAGAAAUUGUUGAGGAGGAAGGAGGAAAUGGCGAAAAGGUACACGUGGCAGUCGGGAAAUCAGUGGCCAAGGUGGCUUCUCUGCUGAACUGGUGUUUUAGGACUUUUCCCGGUUCGGAAAUUUGCAUUCUUCAUGUUCACAAACCUUCUCCGCUGAUUCCCACUUUAUUGGGAAAAUUACCGGCCAGUCAGGCAAAUGCUGAGGUGGUGACCGCAUUUAGAAAUGAAGAGUGGGAAGAGACGAGGAAACUUAUGCAUAGCUACUUGACACUUUGUACUGCAUCAAAGGUUAAAGCGAGCAUUCUUACCAGUGAAUCUGAUCAGGUUCAAAAUGAAAUUGUGAAUCUUGUUAGCAGACAUGACAUCAAGAAGCUUGUCAUGGGAGCUGUUCCAGACUGCUCAAAGUUGAAGAAGUGCUCCAGUAAAGCGAGCUACACUGCCAAAAUGGCUCCUCCCUUCUGCAAGAUAUGGUUUGUCAACAAGGGUAAUUUGGUCUGGAUAAAAGAAGAUUUGGAGGAUUCAAGUUUUGCUGCACCACUUCAACAGGAAUAUAUCCCAGCAUCAUCAAAUUUAAGAUCUCAGUCUGCACCUUCUUGCAAGGGUUCCCUUAUGUUCCAUCCAGAAUGUAUUCGCUCGAGCUCUGAUAACCGAAGCUUACACCGCACUGCAAGUUUAAGCUCCAGUUCAGGAUGUACUUCAUCUGCAGAGCCAAGGGCGUCUUCAGAUUCAAUUGCAAUUUUUGAGGAAGAUGGCUUAUCUGAAUGGCUUGAAGAACUUAAAAAAGAGGCUGAAGAAUCAAGAGACGAAGCUCUCUCACAGCUCUCUAUCCGCAGGAAAUCGGAAGCUGAAGCUGCGAAAGCUUUCCGCAAGGUCAAAUCUUAUGAAUCUGCUCAUGCACUGCAAGUCAAACUCAGGAAAGAAGCCGAAGCGACAUUAAAAAGCAUAGUUCAGGAGCAAGAUAAGCUCUUGGAAGAAAGAGAGGUUUUAACAGGUGACUUGCAAAAGGCCAUGAGAAAUAUAGCCAUCCUGGAGAGCCGCACGCAGGAAGCAAAUUGCCGAUGUGAAAAUGUUGCAGGAGAAUUGAAGCUAAUACAGGUGUCUCUGGCAGCAUUAAGUCAGGAAAAGCAGAAGAUCCUACGUCAGAAAAAUGAAGCCAUGCAGUGGCUUGAUCACUGGAAAGGUCGUGCUGGCAUUAUAGCACCUAAACCGCAAUUCACUGGAGAUACAUUGGAUGUGGUUGAAUUUUUGGUGUCAGAUUUAGAGUCGGCAACAUGCAGUUUUUCAGAGAGUUUCAAAAUUGGAGAGGGAGGAUAUGGAUCUGUUUACAAAGGGGAGCUUUUGAACAGAACUGUCGCCAUAAAGACACUACGGUCUCUCUCUAUACAGAAUCAACCAGAGUUUCUUCAUGAGAUCGAAGUUCUUGGUAGACUUCGCCAUCCUCAUCUAGUACAACUCAUUGGUGUUUGUCCCGAACUCCGGUCCCUUGUCUAUGAAUAUUUGCCAGGCGGAAGUCUCCAAGAUCGCCUUUUCCACAAGAAUAUUCUUCGGCCAUUAGACUGGAAAACUCGAGUACGGCUCAUUUCGGAAAUCGCAAGCGCCCUACUAUUUUUGCACUCUUUAGGCCCUGAAGGACUGGCACAUGGCGACCUGAAGCCUAACAACAUUAUACUAGAUUCCAAAAACACCUGCAAAAUCUGUGACUUUGGGAUAUUCCGAUUAGUACUGGAAAAAUCUCUUCGUUGCCCAAGUUUCCGAAAAUAUACCGAGACAAAAAGUGGGGCAUUUCCAUAUGCUGAUCCAGAGUUUUAUAGAACCGGGAUCCGGACUCCAAAGUCUGAUAUUUUCUCAUUUGGCCUGAUCAUACUUCAGCUACUCACUGGAAAAGCAGCUCCUGCAGGGCUGGCCUGUGAUGUACGGAAAAUGGUCUCAUGUGGGAAAAUAACAUCAAUAUUGGAUUCAUCUGCUGGGGAAUGGUCAACAUUUGUUGCAAGGAGAUUGGUGGACUUGGCGUUGCAAUGCUGUGAAUUAAAUGGGAGGGAUCGGCCGUGUUUAACCCCAAUGUUGGUUAGGGAACUGGAGCAGUUACACGUCUUGGAGGAGAAACCAGUGCCGUCGUUUUUCUUGUGCCCUAUUCUUCAGGAGAUAAUGCAUGACCCUCAGGUGGCGGCAGAUGGAUUCACCUAUGAGGGAGAGGCUUUGCGUGGUUGGUUUGAGAAUGGCCGCGAGACUUCCCCAAUGACUAAUUUGAAACUGAUGGACUUGACUCUAACUCCCAAUCAUUCACUAAGGCUCGCCAUUCAGGACUGGCUCCGUAAAUCAUAA